UCAGGAUGGCCAGAAAAGAAGGGAAGCUGCUGAUUAAUUUGAAAACAAACUACCCUGACGUGGUUGUAGAUAUUGAGAAAAUAGUUCUUGGAGAGAUUUCCAGAAAGAGGAUCUCUGACAGUCAGAAAAGGAAAUGAAGUGACCUUGUUAAAGCAGUGUGUGCAUUGCUGAAUUCAGGAGGAGGAGUAGUAAGGAUGGAGAUUGAAAACAAGAAUUAUUAUUUUCAGGAACACAGCAUUGGCCUAGACGUAGAGCAGUCCCUCAGGGUGUUUACUGACUCUGCAGAGGCCAGGGAAUACUCUACAUGGAUGUACUGUGGAGAUCCAGAAGGGAAAAGUGAAUCCACAAAGCCACACAUCUGUAGCCUGAACUCUGGUUUGUCCUGUAGAUCUUCCUCUUCAGUCCUCCCUAUUGCUUCAACUGCAGCUGUUGGAUUGCUCAGAAAGAAGGAAAACCAUAUCAAGACCUGUGGUGAGAAUGGGCUAAGUCCUAAGAAAGCCCUGUUGAAUGUUGAUGGAGGAGCAAAGGGGAUACCUUUGAACACUCGGGAGUGCCACAUCCAAGCCACCGCAGCCAAGCUUUUAAGAGAGAAACUGAUGGCUGGAGAAGUCUUGGAUUUCACAGAGACAAGCCAUGUUGAAUUUAAGAACUUCUCAGCAAGGGAUGUUUUGAAAUACAUUAGAGAAAUCUUUCUAAAUUAUGUCUCCGCCUUUGCAAACACUCAGGGUGGUUAUUUAAUUUUUGGGGUGGAUGACAGCAGUAAAGUUUUUGGAAGUGACAGUGAAGUAGGAAAAGAGGCUUUAGCAAAAACAAUAGCUGAUGUCAUGGGCUCGUUGCCCAUCUAUCACUUCCAUAGGUCUCAGACUAAGGUGCAGUUUAAGUCUAACAUCCUGAAUGUUUAUGACAAAGAGGAACACUUGCAGGGCUAUGGAUGUGCUCCAAGAGUCGGACCAUCUUGCUGGGCUGUUUUCCAUGAUACCCCUCACUCCUGGAUUGUGAAGGGUAGCACAGCUGACAGACUGAGCAUCAAAAAAUGGACAUGACAGCUGUAGAUCCAGUAAAAUUAGGGGGAAGUCUUCAUUUGCUUUAAUGUCAGCUUCAUUUUCGCCUUGGUUUGUAAGCUUUCAAGAGCAAAGACCAACUUC